ACGGCGGUGCGACGUGGAAAGGCAGAACAGCAUUCUGGUGUUGUCUGAUGGUAGAGAUUAAACUCCAGCGACCCAAUGAGAACGCACACCGUCCCGGAUCUCAGUAGGAGCUAACGCUGAAAUGAAAGCAAAGGGGCGAACCGGGUAAAUACUUGUGUUAGGAAGAAGUCGUCGCCAUGGACGGAGGGCUGAUUAUUACAUUUAUAUCUGUGGCGAUGUUUGUAGGCUCUUUUCUCCUCGGGUUCAUCCCACUGUUGUUCAGACUGUCUGAGAAAAGCCUGCAGUUCGUUUCCAUCCUGGGGGCAGGUCUGCUGUGUGGGACAGCGCUGGCCAUCACCAUCCCAGAGGGAGUGGGUUUGCUGGAAGACUCGUGGAAAGCGUCAUCCUCUGAUGUGUCAUCCGGUCUAAAUUCCAGUAAAGAAAAUGGGACCGUGGCAGAGAGAGGCCCACCUCGGUUCCUCAUUGGGGUGGCUUUGACGCUCGGGUUCACCUUCAUGUUUGUCGUCGAUCAGAUAGGAAGCUACCUUUCCACACGCGACCAGACGACUUGUUUGUCCAACAGCGUCCACUUCACAGCCACGUUGGGUCUGGUUAUUCACGCUGCAGCUGAUGGAUUUGCUCUGGGUGCUGCUGUGGCUACAGGUCAAGUGACAGUACAAGUUGUAGUGUUUUUUGCUGUGAUUCUGCACAAGGCGCCCGCCGCUUUUGGCUUGGUCUCCUUUCUGAUGCAUGGAGGCCUCGAGAAGAAGUUCAUUCAGGGACACUUACUGGCCUUUUCAGCUGCAGCGCCUAUAGUUGCUAUUGCCACUUACUUCAUAUUAUAUGCAUCUGGAAGCUCAUCUGAGAAUCAGCUCAGUGCAACAGGAGUGGGAAUGCUCUUCUCAGCGGGGACGUUUCUCUAUGUGGCCACGGUGCAUGUUCUCCCUGAGAUCAGGAGCAGCAGGACUGAUGAGCUGCCCUUGGACUCAGAGCAGCAGUCUGGAGCCGAAGCCCACCAGCAGAGACACUUGGGGCUCCUGGAGAGCCUCACCCUCAUCAUCGGUGUGGGGCUUCCGAUGUUGCUGGCCCUCGGACUGCACGAUGACUAAAAGAAAACAUGAGGGCAAUUUAUUUUAAAAGGGGGUGAAAGGAAAACUCUGAGCACCUGUACUGUAUGCCACAAUGAUCGGAGGACAAAAUAGGCUUUGACAGAGUCUACCUUGGUCGUCUUAUUUGAGUGUAACUUUGUGCCAGGCUAUUGUUUGGGUGUCAAAAAGCUUUCCGGGAGGUGAUAAAGAAUCAGGUAACUAAUAUAGUUUCAUAGCUGAAUUGAGUUUCCAUUCAGAGGAAGCAGAAACAGUUCUCAUUUGUUGCCACGGUCCGCUGAAGGCAUGUUGAGGUAUUAAAUAUCCUGAAAGGUGAAUAGAUUUACAGGAACGACCAAAUAAUUCGAUACUCUCUCACCUAGAAAAUGUCUCUAGGGCGUACACUUUAUAUUAUUAUAUUUUACGGCUAAGAGUUUGAAAAUAUGGCCGGAUUUUCAGAUUAUAAAUGUGCAAUAAUACAAACUACAAAGUUUUUUUUUUUUAUAAUGUUGUUUGUCUGAGUUGGUUUAUGGUGGGGAUCGUGUCGAGUGAGAGGCAGCCUGGACAGGUUACCGUCUGUCUGCUAUCACAGAGGCGCGGGCCAACUGUUCGCACUCACAGCUGCAGCUAACGCUAAUUUAGAAUCGUCUCUCUGACUCAGCAUUCAUGCUUGUGCAGUGUGGAAUAAGGCUGGGACAAAACCAGGGACACGCGGAGAACAUCCAAACACAGAAAAGGGGCAAAGGUUUGAACCUCUUAAUGUGAAGUGAUAAUAACUGCAGCCAAAUGAGAAGACCAACCGGUAAGCUGGUCCAGCAACUCUCAUGUUAGGUGAUACGUUAGACCGAGACGGGUUCCUGGCAGCAGGUGGGGUACGUAUCAAGAACUAUCGAGCAGAUUCUGGAGGUUACAGAUGUUUUACUGACUCACUGCCACUUAGAGCAAUUUUUACCUUUACUUUCUUUCUUUCAGCUCCUUUAGUGUGUGCAACAUGUGAAAUAUUGAAACACGUGAAAUGUCUUCUGGUUUUAUAAUGGCUUAUUUAUUUACUUUAUACUUGAUUUUUUUUUUUUGUUUUCGUCACACAACGCUGUACAUUGCUGCAUCGACUGACCUAAAGCUUGUUUACUUAUGUUUAACGUGUGGAGCAGAAUUCCCCUUUUAACAGCUACACUAAAUAUCUUGAGAUUGAAUUUUAAUUUCAUAGUUUUUGUAUUGUAAACCGAAGUUAAGAUAUUUUACACUUAAAUUUGUCCUUUAUUCAUUAAGCUCUAAACACAGUUCAUGUAUGA